AUGCUGCUGCAGCCGGGUGUGAAGGCGGGCGAGGCGUGUGACUUUGCACUGAUUUCCAGUCUGCCACCAUCAUCCUUUAGGAGCUCCUCCCAGCUUUCCAGCAGCCAUGCUCCAGGUUUCGCCAAGCUAAACAGGAGAGAUGGAGCUGGAGGCUGGUCUCCUCUGAGUUCGGACAGGUAUCAGUGGCUGGAGGUCGACUUGGGUGAGAGAACCAAGAUCACAGCUGUGGCUACGCAGGGCCGCUAUGGCAGCUCUGAUUGGCUGACAUCUUAUCAACUAAUGUUCAGCGACAAGGGACACAACUGGAAGCAGUUCAGACAAGAGGACAGCAUUGGGUUUUUUCCAGGUAACUCUAAUGCAGACAGUGUGGUUCAGUACAAACUGCAUCAGCCUGCAGUGGCUCGCUUCCUCCGCUUCAUUCCCCUGGACUGGAACCCUGUCGGGCGGAUCGGACUCCGAUUGGAGGCCUAUGGAUGUCCUUACGCCUCUGAUAUAAUGGGCUUUGACGGCAGCAGCAGCCUGACUUUCAGGCUCGGCCCCAGGCUGAAGCACGGGUCAAAACAGGUCGUCUCCCUGAAGUUCAAAACCCUGAGGAACUCUGGGACGCUGCUGCAUGUCGACGGGCAGGAUGGGAUGGCCCUUAGUCUGGAGCUGGAGAGGGGAACGCUGCAGCUGCUGCUCAAAAAAGGCACCUCUUCAUCCUCAGAGCAGCUGACCUCCCUCGGUAGCCUGUUGGACGAUCAGCACUGGCAUCACUUGGUAAUGAGACAAAGAAACUCUCAACUCAACCUCACUGUGGACAAACAUACAGAGACAGUUGAGACCCCUAAAGGCUUUAACCUCUGGGACGUCAAACAGUUAACAUUAGGAGCAUACCAGGAUCUUGCCGGUGCCCAGAAAUACUUCCAAGGCUGCAUGGAAAACCUGAUGUACAGCGGUAUUAACCUGACAGAACUGGCUAAAAACAAUGACCAGCAAGUUCAUAUUUAUGGCAAUGUGACCUUUACUUGUGCUGAGCCAGUUUCUGUUGCCGUAACUUUCCCUGGGCCCAGCAGCUUUCUUCAGUUGCCGUGGACAGCACCAUCUUCUUCAGGCGAAAUGUCCUUAGAGUUCCAGUUCAGGACAUGGAAUAAGGCCGGGCUUCUGCUCACCUUUAGCCUCCCUCUGCAAGGGGGAGAGGUCUGGUUGUACCUGAAUGAUGCCAGACUCCACCUGCAGAUCCAGAAAGGAGGCCGCGUACUGCUGGAGCUCAGUACAGGAUCCGCAUUAAAUGAUGGUCAGUGGCAUAUGGUGGACCUUACCUCCAGGCGAGGACGUCUGACUGUCUCUGUGAAUAAACAGAAGGGUGGCGUCGCUCAUGCGUCUCCCUCCUUUCCUGUCAUGGUAUUAGACCAGAUCUUCUUUGGAGGUUGUCCUGCUCAGAAUUAUAAUCAGGAUUGUAGAAACCCUUACGACACGUUCCAGGGCUGCAUGCGCCUCAUCACUUUGGACAGCCAACCAGUUGACCUGAUCAUGGUGCAGCAGAGGCUUCUGGGAAAUUACAGCCAACUCCAGAUCGACAUGUGCGGCAUCAUCGACAGAUGUUCUCCCAGUCAUUGUGAACACGGCGGCCUCUGCAGUCAGACCUGGUCUGUCUUUCACUGUAACUGCUCCGACAGCGGCUACAGCGGAGCGACCUGCCACAGCUCUGUGUAUGAACAGUCCUGUGAAGCGUACAAACACAAUGGAAACACUUCGGGAUAUUUUUACAUCGACGUCGACAGCAGUGGACCCAUCAAACCGCAGCUGGUCUACUGCAACAUGACAGCAGAUGAGAACACAUGGAUGGAGGUCCAGCACAACAACACAGAGCUGACCAAAGUCCGCCCCUCUCCGGGUGAAAACCAGCAUAUGGUUCAUUUUAACUACAUGUCUGCAGAGGAGCAGCUUAAAGCCAUCCUCCACCAAUCAGAGUAUUGCCAACAGGAGCUGUCCUAUCAAUGCAGGAAAUCCCGCCUUCUCAACACUCAAGAGGGAUCUCCAUUCAGCUGGUGGCUCGGUGGUCCCGGUCUCGGACUGGUCCAGACCUAUUGGGGAGGAGCUCAUCCAGGCAGUCAGCAGUGUGCCUGCGGCCUGCAGGGUGACUGCGUGGACCCACAGCUCUAUUGUAACUGCGACGCUGACAGAUUGGAAUGGAAUGAGGACUCUGGUCUUAUUUCUCAUAAGGAGAGCCUGCCGAUCAGAUCUCUGGUACUUGGUGAUGUUCGGAGGCCAGGUUCGGAAGCUGCAUACAGGGUGGGAUCACUGCAGUGUCAUGGCGACAGGAACUUCUGGAAUGCAGCUUUCUUCGACAAGGAGACAUACCUCCACUUCCCAACCUUCCACGGAGAGCUGAGUGCCGACAUCUCCUUCUUUUUUAAGACUACUGCUUCGUUCGGGGUGUUCCUGGAAAACCUGGGCAUUAAAGACUUCAUUCGCAUCGAACUGAGCUCUUCCAAUCAGGUUGUUUUCUCAUUUGAUGUUGGAAACGGCCCGUUGGAGGUUCAAGUUAAUAGCAGCUACCCCCUCAAUGACAAUCGUUGGCAUCGAGUCAGAGCCGAACGGAACGUGAAGGAGGCGUCCCUCCGUCUUGAUGAUCUUCCAGUUGCCACCCAGGAGGCUCCUGCUGAGGGACACAUCCACCUGCAGCUCAACAGCCAACUGUUUAUAGGAGGCACAGCGUCCAGACAGAGGGGUUUCCGAGGCUGUAUCCGCUCUCUGCAGCUGAACGGAGUCACUCUGGACCUGGAGGAAAGGGCAGAGAUCACGCCGGGGGUUCGACCCGGCUGCCCCGGUCACUGUAGCAGCUACGGAUCCCUGUGCCAGAAUCAGGGACGCUGUGUGGAGAAAACCACCGGCUUCCAUUGUGACUGCAGCCUGUCUGCUUACAUCGGAGCCUUCUGCCAUACAGAGGUGUCAGCCGACUUUAAACCUACAACGUCUGUCAGCUACACAAUCAAAGACCCCAAAGAGCUGAGCAGAAACAGCAGUUAUUCGCCUUCCUCCUUCCACCCUGACUCCAUCCUCAGGGGAGAAAAUGUCUCACUGAGCUUCAGGACGACGCAGAGUCCAGCUCUGCUGCUCCUCAUCAGCUCCACCUUCACAGAGUAUUUAGCUCUGCUCAUCAACAGCCAUGACGAGCUGGAGCUGAGAUACAAGCUGGGCAGCAACAGAGAAGCAGACGUGCUGAGGAGCAGCAUAAGGGGAGUGGCAAACGGGCUGCUGCACACUGUUAGCAUCAGGAGGUCGGCCGACUCCGUGUCUCUGCAGAUUGAUGAUAAUGCCAGAGAAGACUUUAACCUCAGCUCCGCUGAAGAACUCAGCAGCCUCAAGUCUCUUGUUCUGGGUCGAGUACAGGAUUUGGAUGACUUGGAUCCGGAUCUGGCCCGUCUGGGAUCUCUUGGUUUCACAGGCUGCCUGUCAGUGGUUCAGUUUAAAUCCAUCACCCCUCUGAAAGCAGCUCUGCUGCACUCGGAAACAAGCCCUGUCCAAGUCCUCGGACCUCUCGUCCGGUCCAACUGCGGCUCAUCAGUUUCAGCCAAUCCCUACUCGGCUGAGAACACACGCCACCUAUCAGACCAGUCUGGUUCUGUGGGUUCUGGUCAACCUCUUGUUAAUGCCAUGAAGAGGGACUCAGCUUUGAUUGGAGGUGUCAUUGCAGUUGUGAUCUUUGUGAUUGUGAGCGUCUUCGCCAUAACUGCCAGAAUCCUCUACAGGAGAAAAGAGACGUAUAGAAGUCGUGAAGUCAAGGGAGCCAAACAGGAAGACAGCCAAGAUUUCCAUUACAACAACCAGACUGAUGCCCAAAACGUCUCUGGAGAAAACUCUAAAGACUUUUUCAUGUAACUGGAGGCCUGUUGGGAUGAUCUGCUGCUGUUUAUCUAAGAAGAGGCUGCAGACAGUUGUCUGACCAUGCCUCAGGACUUCACACUGCACUAGCAGCCAGUUACACACUUUAAUGGAUGCAAAAUGGUCUCGGGAGGGGGGGUAAAAAAGAACAAAGCACACAGUUUUGUCUUCUGCUGUAUAUUGUUUAUAUGCUGACUUAAACAGACAGCAAUACUGGAACUGAGAGGUGUUCACAUACUUGUUUAAAAACUGUAAAUAUCUAAAAUGUAAAUGUGGAAGUAAUGCGUGGUCGGUGAAAGAACUUUGAACUUUGUGUUUGUAAUGUUUCUGAUGGCACUUUUUCUGCAAGAAUGAAUGUUUGCACAGUGUAAGCAGGUUUUUUUUUUAAUCUUUUCUCAGUUCCUUGAAACAUGUUCUGUAAGAGCUGUUGUUUGCUCAAGGGCAACCCUUUUUAUCGUGUGUGCUGCUUUGUGGAAUAAGAAUAUCAACCCUUCAAAUGUUUUGGACUGUUGUUGAAAACUUAUAGGAUCCUUUAUUAAUUCUGACAUGUUAUUGUCAGUAGCAGUAGUCACUAACAGGCGGUCAGCAUAAUUAGAUUUGGAGAAACAAGGAAGAACCAUUUGGAGGAGCCAUCUUUACAGCCAAUGAAAUCUCCCACCAUUUAAGGGCAAGAACCAAAAAUAACCUAGCCGUUUGAUCUAAAGCCAGGCUUAUCCUGUUUUUUGCUGUUUCUAUGCCUGUACAUAUUUGGUGCAAGUUAAUUAAUAAGUUUAUUAACAUUUUACUUUUGUGAGUGGUUUAAUUCCUUUUCAGACCGAAAACUCAGAGCAAACCAACAUCUGCCACUAAAACCAGGCAAAGUUAUUCAGUCUAUGUAUUGCUAAGAGUUUUCUUAGUGGGUUAAAAAUGUAUAGAAUGUAAUUAAAUUAUUAUUUUGUUUCAUGCUGCUA